ACCCAUUUUUCAAAGCUUGUGUUAAAUUACUGGUAUCGGUGAGUGGCGCUUGCUUCCCAGCGGCUCUUCAGAAUUACCCAUUGACAAAAAAGCUGAAGAAGGUUGCGUCGUUUUUAACUUGUGAGAUUACUGAAUAAGUUGUAGUACCUCACAAGGUCACGAUACUUUUUAUUUUCGUCCAGUGUCUUUAACAUAUGUGCGAAUGGAUUUUACGCGUAGAUAUGACGUCCAGUUGAACGCUCGUGUUGGGUACCAGUAAUUCAUUGCACUGUGCGAUUUUUUUAAUAAUAAAGGAAAACAAAAAAUUUAUUUUCCUUUUGGUAGUGGGAAGAGGUCGGCAAGUUUAUUCAAUAAAUGACGUUCUACAAAAGCAGGUUGCUAAUCAGGUACUAAACUAAAAGACGUGGUGGUUCCAGUUAUUUUUCGUGCGCGCUUUGGUGUACAUACAAUAUGACAAAAUCACAAAUAUCCUGUGGGAAUUUUUUUAAUUAUUUUACCAUUAUUGUUUUAUUAGGUAAAAUACACGGUGGAUCCGCACAAUGUACGACACCAAAUGAAAAACGAGGAAAUUGCAUUCCCAUAAGAGAAUGUCCUGCGCUGUUAGGUAUUUUGGAAAAAGGUGUGAUCAAUCCUGACGAGAUUCAGCUACUCCAACAAUCUCAGUGCGGAUAUAUCAGGAACCAACCGAAAGUCUGUUGUGAAGUUGAAACUAGUCAACCAGUAAAUCCAGACGUACAGACAAGUGAACUUCUACCUGCCCCUGGGGUAUGUGGAAAAAUAUUGGCACCAAGAAUAGUCGGUGGUAAAGUUGCACGCUUAGACGAAUUUCAAUGGAUGGCACUCAUCGAAUAUUCAAAGCCGACAGGCAGAGGUUUCCACUGCGGUGGUGCGUUAAUUAGCGAUCGUUACGUUCUAACAGCAGCCCAUUGUAUUAAGAACAUUCCGAGAGGAUGGAGAUUGGUAAGUGUUCGUUUAGGCGAACACAAUUUACAAAGUGACAUAGACUGUGAAGAGUACUGCGCGGAUCCUCCACAAAAUGUCGCAGUUGAGGAGUCAAUUCCUCAUGAGCUCUACGAUCCUAAAAGUAUACACCGGUAUAAUGAUGUGGCUGUACUUCGACUUCAGCGACCGGUAGCAUUUACAGACUACAUAUUUCCCAUUUGCUUGCCAUCUACUCAGAAUACAGCCUACGCAGGGCUCACCAUGACAGUUGCUGGAUGGGGUCGUACUGAAAACAGAUCUCAAAGUGUUUCAAAGAUGAAAUUAGAUGUUCCAGUAAGACCACAACAAGAAUGCAUAUCAACGUACCAAAAGGCGAAGGUGGAGCUCAGAGAAGGGCAAAUAUGUGCCGGCGGAGUUAAAGGAAAGGAUUCGUGUACCGGUGACAGUGGCGGUCCGCUUAUGUAUGUAAAUCAAACGGAGUUUGAUCAAAUUUACUUUAUUACUGGCAUUGUAUCAUUUGGACCAUCUAACUGUGGAUUACAAGAUUGGCCCGGUGUUUAUACGAAGGUUGUUGACUAUAUCCCAUGGAUUAUUAAUAAACUAAAACCGUAGUCGUUUGUAUAGUUAGCUUAAGGUUUAGUCAUAUAAUUUAGUGUAAUUAUUAAGGUUUUACAUUAUUAACAUCAAAGUUUUUUAUGAA